AUGAGCUAUAGAGAUGCUCUGAUAAAGCAGUUCUCCCCGUACACUUCCGUCAUCUCAACCUCUGGUGCCGUGGUCGUCUCUCCUGGCUACCCCGACAACGUGCCAUCGACCAAAACGCAGUACACGCAGGUUUUCCGUGCCCCGGAGUGCCAGCGAGCGGUGCUGAAGUUCGACGACUUCGGUAUCGAGCCUCGCAGCGCCAGACAUAAGCGCUGCAUCUUCAGCUUCCUCGAGAUCCGCUCCGACGUCUCGGUGCCGGAAGGCAAAAUAUUUUGUGGUGAAGAAAUUGAGAAAGGAACAGCAUUCAAAAGUGACAAGUCGGAGCUCAUCCUUCAUUACAUGAACGGAGACUACACUAAAUUUGGCAAGGAAAACACACACAGAGGCUACAAUGCUACUUUCACCACCGAGGCCAUACCCAACUGCAGCUGAUGGAGUUUCAUCUACCGGCUGGAACGUCAUGUGAACUGGAGACCAUAAGGAACAUGAAAUGAAUGGUGUUGUGUUUUUGAAGCGUGUGAAAAAUGACUUGCAAGUUC